AUGGCUUUUCUAAGACGUGGCAACUCAAAUGUCACAAGUGAAAAGCUAAUCACUGUCAAAACUUUAGCGACUACUUCAAAGAUCAUUAGUAUCUGUCAAAAAAGACUUCCGAUUUCACGCCUGCUUCAUCAAGAGGCAUUCUACCAUAGCACGUGCGAUAUGAAGUAUAAUUACAUGGAAAAGGAAAUGGCACUUCAUCCAAAGCUGUAUCCCACUGAGAAGAUGGGAUACUCGAACAGGAGAUUCCCAUUGAACAGUGCCGCCUGUCCACAAGUCACUGUACAAAGAAAAGAGGCCGAGUCUUUCAAGGCUGAGGUAAACAUGGAUCACGGAUUCUCUAUAGUACCGCUUGGAAGUGUUUUGGUAAGAAAAAGCAACCGCCAAAUUUUUACAUUUUCACCACAAAGGAACAGUAGACAGUUAAAAGAUCAAAACAAACCAGUUGUUUUCCAUAUUUCUAAAUUUUUAAAAGCGAGAAUAAGCUUAUAUAAUUCUUCUAAUAAUAAAGAAGCACUUUUAAGGGGUGACAUUAGUAAGAGGAACAAAAUGUACAUCUACAAAUUUUUCUCCUUUCCUUUUUGUUCUUUUUUGAUGAAAGGAAACAAGAAAACUUUUCUGUUCAAUCGACCACGAAAAUAUCAAAUUUACUCAGGCGUAAAGUCAAAACCGCUAGUGGGUGGUUGUGGUGCCGCGAAAGGAGAUAAAUCUUACCCAAAGGAGGGUUUUGCUGUGAACGAGUUUGAUUGGCAAACAUGGAAUCACGUACCUAGAAGAAGGUUAGCUCAGAAACCAUCUAUUCCACCUUGCCACCUGAAGCAAUCAAAAGGAGUAGGAGAGAAAGUAGCGUUUUCUACCCCAGGUCCAUCUGGUAGACCUGCAGAUGUUGGUGGUGUAGAAACAGAUGCAUCGAAAUCUUCAAAUUGUAUUCAAAGAAGGCGCAACCUCUUAAAUUUAAAAGUUUUAGAGUUUGUUUUUGGAAUUCGGGGAUGGGAACUAUUUGCUUAUCUCCAGAACGAUCACGCUUUAAUCAUUUGCAAAGUUCAAAAUUUGUCCAACUUUUUAGUACUCUGGGAGACAAAAACAAAUUAUGCUUUACUUCCCCAGUCUGACACGUAUUCACACUUAAUAGGGCCUGUAAGAAUUGUUUUGUCUAAAAAUGGCUUUCCUGUAGAUUUUUUAAGCAACUUUGGAGAAGCAGAUUAA